UUUUUUUUUUCUUCUUCUUCUGAUCUAUAAUCAUGACAUUGCCUAGUCAUUUUGCAAAUCAAUUAUUACAACUGAAAAGUGAAGAUGAAAUUAAGACUAUAACUAAAGAUCAAGAUGAAUGCUUAGCGAAUUACAAAGAAAUUGAACAGAAAUUAGAAGCAUUUAAUAAAUUUAGUCAAGCCCGUUAUCAGAACAUCCAUAAGCAUUUUGAAGCACAUACAAAGUUGCUUAAAGAAAUAAAAGAAGAUUUAAAUAGUGUAUUUAUUAAGCUAAGGAAAAUAAAAAAUCAACUCGGAUUAAAAUAUCCAAAUGAAAUGGAACAAGUCCUAAAGAAAUACCCUGAUCCUAGAGUUGAUGAUGAAGAAUAAAAAAAAAAAAAGAAAACUUUAUUUUAU